UUUUCCUCAUCUCUAUACCUCAGUCUCACUCUUUAUCCCAGGCGUUCGCGCAACCUCGCGUGUACCCCAACAUGAAGCUGAAAGACAUCUCCCGUACAGCGGCAUUCGCCUGGGAUCAGUCUCAUUCUUCCUCGCCUUUGAUAGCGACCGGUGCAGUCGCCGGAGCUCUAGAUGAGAACUUCAGCAAUGACAGUCUUUUGGAGAUCUGGGCGCCCGACUUGGCGGACAAAACAUUCAACCUAGGUACCGACAGGGGGGCAAAGCCAAAAGGCAGCGUGACAGUAUCGAGCAGAUUUAACCGAAUUGCUUGGUCUGCGCCUACGCCGAACAAUGCUCGAGGAGUCAUUGCAGCCGGUCUGGAGUCUGGAGAGGUCAGUGUGUUCGACCCGGAGAAGAUUAUGAAUGGAUCGGAGGACGCUCGUCUGUUCUCAAACAACAAGCACACCGGGCCUGUUCGAGGGUUAGAUUUAAACCCUAUCCAGAAGAAUCUCUUGCUCACCGGAGCUAUCAAGGGAGAGCUCUUCAUUUUCGAUCUCAACAACCCUAAUCAACCUAUACCCCCCGGCCCCACCUCCACUAAACUCGGCGAGAUUACCUCGCUGCAAUGGAACCCCACUGUCUCUCGUGUCUUCGCCGCCUCAUCUUCAUCAGGAUACACAUCCGUCUGGGACGUCCGAGCUCAAAAGGAAAUGGUCAGCUUACAGUUUGGUGGUGGUGCAGCAAAGGGUAUGGAGGCUGGUCGCAUGGACCUCCAAAUGGGCAAGCGAAGAGGUAUGAGUGACGUCUGUUGGCAUCCAGAGCAGGCAACUCGGCUUGUUACAGCUUGCGAAGACGAUGACUCCCCUGUCGUCAUGCUUUGGGAUAUGAGAAACACGCGAGCUCCAGAACGAAUAUUAAGCGGACAUCACAAAGGCGUUCUGUCCGUCGCUUGGUGUGCACAGGAUAGCGACCUUUUGCUGUCUUGUGGUAAGGACAACCGGACGAUCUGCUGGAAUCCACAGUCAGGCGAUAUCGUGGGAGAACUCCCAAUCGCCAGCGACUGGGCUUUCCAGACCUCUUGGUGUCCUCGCAAUCCGGAUCUCCUUGCGACAGCCUCUUUCGACGGACACAUCAGCAUCCACUCUCUUCAGGCCACUCGCGAGCCAGAACCUGAACAACCAAAAUUCAGUGAGACCGCCACGGCCGACGACAUCUUUGGCGCUCUCGGCGACGACGAUCAAGCAGAGCAGUCUGUCAACGUGCUCUCACUCACACAGCCUCCAAAGUGGCUUCGCCGUCCUGUCAGUGCCACAUUUGGUUUCGGUGGGUUGCUCGCCAGCACCUCGAAUCUACCGGGCUCGAGCGGCAAGCAUCAAAGUGGUGUGGUUCAUCUGCGCAACGUUGUUACCGAAUCCAGUAUCAUUGACCGUGCGAAGGCGCUGGAACAGACAGCGGGAGAGAAGGACAAGCUGCGAGAUUUCUGCGCUCAGCAAGCUGAGAAAGCUCCUGAAGACUCGGCAUGGUCCAGUCUCAAAACGCUGUUCACUUCAGCGACAAAGCAGGAUCUAGUUCACAUGCUGGGCUUCUCGAAAGAGGAAGUGCAGAGACAAGUGGAAGAGGCAGUGAAACAGCUUCCAGGUACCGUGCCACCGAAGGCAGAGCCGGUGGAGACUCCCACAGCUCCAUCGGAAAGCGGAACACAAACCGCCAGUCUUUUCGGUGACGAUGUCCCUGGUACACCGGCUGCAUCCGCCGACUUCUUCUCUUCGAUGCCAAUUGGACCUCUCAAAAACCCUCAAUUGGAUCACAUUGUUCCACGUACCGCCGAGGUCGCUGAGUCCUCUGUCGCUGCCACCAUUGGCAGCCAAGGAUCUUCAGCUCGUUCUGAAAUUAUCACAAAGGAAAACACAUUCUUCAUAUACCCCUCCGGUUCGAGCGAUACAGAUCGACUCAUCACGCAAGCUUUGGUGCUUGGAGAUUUCUCCUCCGCUGUCGAUCUUUGCCUGGCUUCCGAGAGAUUUGCGGAUGCUCUGCUGCUCGCUGUACGAGGGGGGCCUGAUCUCCUCCAAUCGACGCAGAAGGCGUACUUUGAGCGACGAACGACGAGCUUGCCUUUUCUCCGAGUCUAUCAAUCCAUCGUUAGUGAAGAUCUGGCGGAUAUCGUCCAGAACGCCGAUUUGUCCGAGUGGAAGGCCAUCUUUGCAGUUGUUUGCACCUUUUCGAAGGAGGCCGAUUUCAACAAUCUGUUGGAUCAGCUCGGGCAGAGGCUCCAUUUCAGAUGGCAGACUUUGGCUGGAUCUGACAGCCCCGAGGCGAAGGCGUCUGCAAAGGCGGCGAGAGAAGACGCGACCAUGUGUUUCUUGGCCGCAAGACGACUUGAGAAAGUCAUCAAUGUGUGGAUACAGGAGAUGAAGGAGGAGGAGACUGCGACAGACGAGACGAAGUAUACGGCGCACGCUCAAGCUCUGCAGUCUUUCAUCGAAAAGGUGGCUGUCUUCACCGCAGCGACAGAUUACGUCGACAUCGAUCUGCAAACACCCACUCAGAAUCCACAGGCCGCGGAGAGUGGGGCGCGGACUUACCGACUUGCAUCGCUUUACGACAGAUUCUACGAAUACGCAGACCUGCUUGCAACCCAGGGUCUGAUCGACAUGGCGGCAAAGUAUGUGCAAAUGACCCCUUCUGACUACAGGGGGACUGGCGAUGCCGGUCCCGAGCUCGACAAGGCAAGAGAUAGGUUGCUUCAAGCUGCGGGUGGCGCUAAGGUGGCAUCGUCCUCCAAGGCAUUUGCGACUCAGACAAAGCCUGCGGCUGGAGGAUACAACCCUCUAAACCCCUACGGAGCAGCAUCUACCCCAGCUAGAGGUCCGACUCAGAGCUACGUCGCGCCUCCCACAAAUCAGUCUUAUGCUACACCUCCCACGAAUCAAACUUAUGCCACGCCUCCGAGUCAGUCAAUCUCGAAUCCGUCAUACAACGCAGGAUCUACGCUGCAGCCGUAUGCGGCGCAGACACCAACUCAGGAGAACAAUGGCAGUAAUCCUUACGCUCCAACUCAAUCGUAUUCGACCCCGCAGUACGGUACAAGUAAUGGAUACGGAGAAUCCCAGAGCCAGGGUUACGGUCAGUAUGGGGCACCGCAAUAUGGUGGCCAGUAUGGAGGAGGCAACCAGUAUGGUGGCGCCACGUCGCAAUACAGUGGACAGCCUCAAAUGCUGGCUCCUCCUCCUCCUCCUCCUCGCGCCAAUGCCAAUGGCACAUCGCCCUCAAACAAUUCGACACCACCUCCUCUCCCUGCAGCUCAACGUCGAGACAUUCCAGGCUGGAACGAUGCACCCAACUUUGCUAUCCCAAAACGACCGCAGAGCGCUGCAUCGAAGGAGUCGAAGGCCCCACCUAUCAUGUCCCCGUUCCCAAAUAUGACAGAGACUACCUCUCAAGCUCAGCCGCCUCAGGGCAUGCCGCAAGGCAUGACGCCUCCUCCUUCUCGAGCUCAGCCUGGCAUGCUUCCACCUCCACCCAAAGGUGGGCCUCGACCGCCUUCCGCUCAAGCUGUUGCCCACGGUCAAUUUGACUCUCCGAGCACUACGCCCUCCAUCCGCCCUCCACCUCAAGGCCCGCCGCGUGGCAGUCCAUUGCGAGGCGGACCUCCCCCUGGCGUCAUUGGUGGCCCACCUCCUAGUGCCAUGGCUGGGCCUCCUCCCAGCGCCAUGAAUGCUCAGAAUCUGUCCGGCGGACCUCCACCUGGUGUCAUUGGAGGACCACCUCCCCGUGCCUUGUCGCCCCUGGGUCCCGCGGGACGACAGGCUUCGCCCAUGAUGUCGCAAUUCAGGUCGCCACCUCCGAAGACUGAGGUGCUUCCCGGAAGAGAAUCUACUGGGCAGUCAGCCCCGACUCCGCCCCCCGCGGCUCCCCCUGCGCCCUCUAUAUCUCUACAUCCCGCUGGCGAUCGGUCGCAUAUCCCUGCGAAGUCGAGAGCUAUCUAUGAGACUCUGUCUGCUGAAUUGACCAGAGUCAAGCAAUCAAAUCUUCCCGCUCACGUCAAGCGUAUCGUUGACGAUACCGAUCGUCGUCUCAACAUCUUGUUCGAUGGUUUGAACAACGAGACCGUGCCUGACCAGGCAAUCUCCCAGAUGACGGAGAUUUCAAAGGCCAUCUCGAGAAAAGAUGCCAAUGCUGCCUUGGCGAUGCAUGUGGAUCUAUUGACUAAUUCUACUGGUGAUAUGGGCAGCUGGACACCUGGUGUCAAACAGCUCAUUCGGCUCGGCUUGCCGUAGAAGGUGCACAUAAUGAUGAUUUUGAAAGGCUCUCUAUGCAUAACGUCGAUGAAUACUGGCUGACGAUUAAAACUCUGUUGAACCAUAUUCAUGACAAAUUCGUGAUAUGUAUAUGCUAUUAUAGG